GAUGAAAAGACUUGAUUUACGAUAACAACCGUACACAUUCAUUCCGAACGCACAGCCCUAACAUUCCAUCCUCAACAGUUAAAAAUGUUUGAUGUUGCCUUAAAAUCUGCUGGUGCCCAGGUUGUUUUAGCAACUUCAAGUGAUGAUAAAUAUCCUCCUGAAAAUAUUAUAGACGGGGAUUCAGAAACUUUCUGGACAACAACAGGGUUAUUUCCACAGGAGUUUGUCAUAAAAUUCACAUCAAUGAUGAACAUGUCGAAAGUAGAAUUAGCUUCAUGUAAUGUUAGAAGAUUGAUCUUAGAGAAAAGUAUGGACAGUGAACCUUUAAAUUUUGAACCAAUAAAAGAAAUAGAGAUGAAUUCUCAUGAUGGUCAACUACAGUCAGAAGAGAUAAAUCUAGGCAAUGUACAGGCACAACAUUUACGUGUUGUAAUAGAUUCAGCAUAUGACCAUUUUGCAGCUGUUUAUAGACUUCAUGUAGACGGAACAGCAGCACAUUGAUAUAAUUACUCUGUCAUUUUGAACUUUAACAUUCCGUCCAUGGUGUAAUAAUAAUAUUUAUGUAUAAAAAUUAAAAAUUGUUAUAUAUGUUCAUUCUUGUUCUGGUUUUAUUGGAAUUAUUCUUGGUUUCAAUAAGGAAAGAGAAAAUACACAUUUUUGAUUUAAUAAUAAGAUUAAAAGUUUGAUUAGGAACUUCUUGUGAUGGAUCGUUGAUAUUUAAUAUUGAGGUGUAGAGCUCCAGAUAAGCUGCGUAUUUGCGUGAUCACGCAAUACAAAUAAUAGAAAUCCCAAUGCAAUUGCCCAUUGCUGGGUUAUGUCCUUUCAUUCUAAAAAUAGAUCCCUGAAUAUCAAGUAGCUGAAAUGGGUCCCUGUUGGAAUUUUCCCUUGCUCAAUGGGUACACAUGUUUUUGAAAUCAUUUCGAUCUUCUCGGCUUUAAUCCAAUUAGCGUGUGUCAUGUUGUCAUAUUUUUUUGAAUUGCUCUAGAUUUAUCAUAACAUACAUUGAAUUAAAAUGAAAGUGAAAUUGAAUAGAAGCAUGUUUUCAGCUUCUUUUGAAUAGCUAAGGGAAAGAUAUGAUGAUAACAGCACUCAUCCAGUGUUUUAAGGAAGCGUCCGUCGAACACAUGGGCGUGUUUGCGUACCGUAACGGGAACAUUGCUAAUAAACAUGGGACUUAGUCAAAAACUGAAUCAGUUGCCGUUGGAAAAUUUGAAAGGCCAAAUCAAUUAUGAAAUGAUAUGAAAUUGGAAACCAAAAAUUCUAACCAGGGAUAACUUAACCCAGAUUUAUGUAAAUUGAAUUAAACAAAAACAUUCAAGUAUUAUUAGAGUUUAUAUACUCUUUUUUUUCGUUUUACGGUUAAUGAGUGAAUACACACAGCCUAUAGGCACUCCUCUCAGAAUUUUUAUAUAAAGGUAAAUAAGAGAAAAAAAGAUUUGAGACGAGUGCCUGGGAAUACACAUAUCCAUUAUUUACAGUUUACAUAAGUUGUGAGAAAAUACAAAACUGACAGAAGGUUUUAAACGGGACACACAUUAAACCUCCUCAGUGAAUUAAGAAAAUAAAACAGCUAUAGCACAUAUUAUUCAAAGAUAGAAACAAAUUUAAAUGGAAAAACAUCCGGGGUUGAUAUUGCCUAAAUAUUCAAUAGUGUGUUGAUGAAAAAACCCAAUACAUUAAGGGGCUUGGUGGUGAAAAACCCAAUUUGAUAUUAACUUGAGGGGUGAAUUGGAAUUGAUAAUGCAAUUAAAAAUCUUUAUCACCCAAUUACAUAAGAAACUGGUGGGUAAAAACCCCAAUUUGUGAAUUCUUAUCUGGAGCUCUGGAGGUGCAUUACUACCAGUACACAUCAAUUGAUUACAUAUUUAAUUUCGAUUAAUUUUGCUAAAGUUAGUUUGAAGGGACCAUUUGUGAUAGAUAAUUGAUAAUUUGUAUAAAGUGGCAUUGCUAUCUGUACAUA